AUGAAUGACUUCUUGGUACUGUACAAUGCAAAUCUUGUGAACGCCAAAAAACAAGAAGAAAAUUUACAGUCCGAAACAGAAGCCGCAUUUGGUGAGAGUCCAGAGCCUCCGCAACUUGAUGGCAUUGUUCCUGUCAUUUCUAUCGAAGAAGAAUUUGUGGUGGACAGAGGCAUCAGCUCAUUUGAACCAAACCCAUUUGAGAUAACAGUACUGCCUAACCCUUCCAGUACAAGCAAUCCAAACCCCAGUCUCACCCCUGAUUCCACGCUAGGAUCAAUGAAUCCCAAUCCAAGGGCCACCCCAAAUCCAACCGAGAGCUCUACUCCCAAUCCAACACCCCUGCCAACUAACCCUGAUACUACUCCCAAUCCGACACCCCUGCCAACUAACCCUAGCACUACUCCACUACCCACGGCCACACAAAAAACCAAUCCAGUGUCACAACCCAUGCCUGUUCCAUCGCCUCUCCCAACACCACUACCAACACCACUACCAACCCCUCAACCCACCCCGAAUCCUACCAGUCGGCCAACAAAUACUCCAACCAACCCACCAUCUCUGAUGCCCACAAAUUCACCAACAGUGGUCCCCACUCAUAGGCCAACCGGCUCGACAUGUAGCCUUCCGUAUCAAAAUAUCACAGCAGGGAUGUCCAUAACUCUUGUUGGCGAUUCUUUUGCCAUGACAAAUGAGUAUCUUGAAGUUGUCAUGUUAGGAGCUAGCAAGUCAGCAGCAGCAACAAAUCUAUGCGCACCACAAGUCUCCAGCGCAACAGUCCAAAGCAGAAUCUUGCAAAGGCGCCGACUGCAAGGGACAACAGGAACCGAAGUCAUUGUAUAUUCACUGGACACCCAACAAACCAAUGAAGGUGAUUUGUAUCAACCCUGGUAUACCUCUGUUCUUCUUGCAGCUUUCAAUGCAAUCAUUCAAGGAUCAGGGGUUGCAGCUAUUAUUGGAGCUCAAAAACCCACCAACAGUCCCUCGUUGAAUCCAUCAGUUACCCCAUCCAGCGCUCAACCUUCUCUCAGAACACCUCCCACAACUGUAACUCCUACUCUGCCUCUAGGUUCUCCCAGUUUGACCCCUACAACAGCAAUUCCCACAUCAAAUGUUCCUACUAGUACAACGCUGAGUCCUUCGUUCUCUCCGAAAAAGGGAAUUCCCACUGUGACUCCCGGGUCUUCCAGUUUGACCCCUACAACAGCAAGUUCCCCCACAAACGGAACACCCACAGUCACUCCUGGUAGGCCAUCCCUAGCACCCACAAUGCUGAGUCCUUCGUUCUCUCCGAAAUCUGGAAUGCCCACUGUGACUCCUGGGUCUCCCAGUUUGACCCCUACAACAGCAAGUGCCCCCACAAAUGGAACACCCACAGACACUCCUGGUAGGCCAUCCCAAGCACCCACAAUGGCGAGUCCUUCGUUCUCUCCGAUAUCUGGAAAUCCCACCAUGACUCCUGGGUCUCCCAGCUUGACCCCUACAAAAGCAAGUGCCCCAAUAAAUGGAACACCCAUGGUCACAGCUAGUCCCAAUGGUAGGCCCACUACAGCAAACCCUACAAUAGGUGGUUCAACUGAUACUCCCACAGGAACAAAAACAAGUGCACCGACGACCUUACCAACAAAUUCACCUACUCCAUUGCCAACGCUUCAAGCAACUCCUAUUCUCACAAACCAACCAAUGCCUCCACCAUCUCCUCAGCCCACAUAUCCACCGUCCCCUCAGCCCACUGAUCCACCAUCUCCAUUGCCGACCAAUCCACCAUCACCUCAGCCAACAAACCAACCAACUCCACUGCCCACCAAUCCACUACCACCAACUGUUCCCAUUGAUACUCGGCCUGUUUUGUCAUACCAAGUUGAGGCUUGGACAAACACAGGAUCAUCUACAUAUGGUCAUAUCUCUACCUGGGAUGUUUCCAAAAUUGCUGACUUCAGUCGUCUGUUUCAAGGCAAGGGCACCUUCAAUGAUGACAUUUCUGCCUGGGACACCAGCAGGGCUACUGAUAUGUCCUCUCUGUUUUGGGGUAGUGGCUUCAAUCAAGACAUUUCGAACUGGGCAACUGGAAGGGUAACAACAAUGGGUCGAAUGUUUGUUGACACACCAUUCAACCAGUAUAUCGGAAGUUGGGAUGUGUCAAAUGUCAGAGACAUGAAUAAUCUCUUCUUUGGUGCUGAAAGCUUCAACCAAGCCAUUGGAGAGUGGAAUGUCGGCAAGGUCACUAAUAUGUCCCGAAUGUUUUCAUUUGCACUUAUCUUCAACCAGAACCUCUCAGGAUGGGAUGUCAGCUCAGUAACUGAUUUUAAUGCAAUGUUUGGCUCGGCAACAGGAUUCAAUCAAAACGUUGGAGACUGGGACAUCUCACGAGCGAGGGACAUGCGGAAUAUGUUUCAGGCUGCACAGGGAUUUUCCAAAAAUCUCUGUGCUUGGAAUGACCAUAUGGCUCCAGGAGUACUUGUUUCAGACAUGUUUGGCCUGUGCCCCAGAUGCCCAGAGCAAGGAAACCCGAUAAGGGGGGCAAAAGGAUGGUCACCAUUGUGUCAUACCUGUUCAUAUACACCAACUAAUGCUCCUACGAAGGCACCUACUGAAGCACCAACUAAAGGCCCAACAAAGGCUCCUACGGUUACCCCAACAAAUCCACCAACAGGGCCACCCACAGGAUCACCAACAACUUUGAUUCCAACUGUGACAACACAAAGCCCUACCCUAGCCCCAACUACAGUAGUCCCCACAACUAUCUCUCCGAUUGAGCCACCAACAUCUUCGCCAACCAAGCCUCCUACAGUCCCGCCGACUUAUACACCAACAGAGCCCCACAUAGCAACACCCACAACUCUGACUCCAACUACUACAACAACUAUUAGCCCUAUCUUCCCCCCAACUACAGCAAGCCCCACAACAAAAUCACCAACAAAGGCUCCUACAGUACCAACAACCAAUCCACCAACAGAGUCUCCAACAACUCUGAAAGUGACAACAAAUAGCCCCUCAUUUGCCCCAAAUACAGCAAGCCCCACAAUGUCACCAACAAGAGCUCAAACACCAACAAAUUUGACUCCCAUUACUAGCCCUACGUUUGCCCCAUUCACGGCGAGUUCCACAAUGUCACCGACAAAGGCCACGACUUUACCUCCGACGACUCCACCAACAGAACCACCAACAGACACCCCAACGGCUUUGACUCCCAUGGCAACAAGUAACCCUACCGCUGCCCCCACUACAGCAAACCCCACAACAUCGCCAACAAAGACUCCCACGGUAGCUCCAACAACUCCUCCCACAAAACCUCCCACAGAACCACCAAUAACUUUGACCCCAACUGCUCCUGAGCCAAGCUCCACACCAAGUGUAGGUCCAAGCUCCACUCCUAGUGUCACCCCAACUGCUCCCAAGUCAAGCUCCACGCCAAGCAUAGCACCAAGCUCCACUUCUAGUUCCAUUCCGACUGCUCCUGAGUCAAGUCCUGCACCAAGUGAAGCUCCGAGUUCUUCACCAAGCUCUACCCCCAGUCCUCCCGAGCCAAGCUCCACACCAAGUGUAGGUCCAAGCUCCGCUCCUAGUGUCACCCCAACUGCUCCCGAGUCAAGCUCCACACCAAGCAUUGCACCAAGCUCCACUCCUAGUUCCAUUCCGACUGCUCCUGAGUCAAGUCCUGCACCAAGUGAAGCUCCGAGUUCUUCACCAAGCUCCACCCCCAGUCCUCCCGAGCCAAGCUCCACACCAAGUGUAGCGCCAAGCUCCACUCCUAGUAUCACCCCAACUGCUCCCGAGUCAAGCUCCACUCCAAGUAUAGCACCAAGCUCCACUCCUAGUGAGUCAAGCCCUACUCCAAGCGAAAAUCCUAGUCCUUCACCAAGCUCCACCCCCAGUCCCCCGGAGCCAAGCUCCACCCCCAGCGCAGCACCAAGUUUGCCCCCAAGCUUCACGACCAGCGGCCCUAGUUCAUUUCCAAGCUCUUCCCCAAGCUCAUCUCCGUCAGUGACAAACGGCAAAUUGGACGGGUUUUUUCUUGUUGAUGCAGACGACAAUAAUGCAAUAACCCAGGGCUUGUCAGAUCCUGCAUCAUUCAAUGCAAGCUCCUUGGGCUACAAUUACAACAUCAUUGUAACACAGAAAGGGGGUUCCGGCGGGAGAGCUCUAGCUUGUUGUUUUGGUCCGAGUGUACAAUUUUAUGCAAAUGGUCAGCUGAUCCAUAUAGCUUAUUGGAAUGGAGAAGCAUAUACUGUCUGUACAGGUUCCUCUGGUUGCACGUCCUCUGCCGACUUUCAAGGGGAAGGGUAUUCCAGCACAGCAUUCACCCUUGUGGCAGAGCUGUAUGACCAAUUUGCCCAGCUUCAGGAUACACUUGUACUAUCCUUAACAAUCCUGGCAUGA